AUGGGCUGCAGGUGCUGCAUUGUGCGCUUGGGGUUCAGCUUGGUUCGGCCAGUGCCAGGGUCGCAUUCAACUCUUGUGGUGGACUUGGUUGUGCACCACAGUAAUCUGCUCAUGGAGAGUUUCUGGAGCCUGAAGGAGAGUGAAGCAGUGGAGCUCACAUUCAAGAAGUCCAACAAGGGCCUGGAAUCCAUCUGUGUCACGGGGCCUGGUGGGGUGUUCUGUAUUGGGAGCGAGAGGCAGCCACAGAGGAAGAACAUGGAAGAGCACAGACCUAAAGGAGACAGUGGUGGUCUAGACCAUCAUGCCAAGGAGUGCAAGCUGCCAUCCGGCCAAGAAGUGCCACUUCUGCCAGAGCAUGAGCCAUACGGUGGCCUCGCGCUCCCUGUAGCCCCCAGCUCCCAGGGAAAAGCCAACAUUUUUUUGGGAGGGUAA